CUGACAACAUUAGUACGUAAAGGAUUUGAUUGCUUCUAUUCGCGAUUUUUGCUUCAUCUCUUCGCGAUUUUUGUGUGCACCUUAAGUCUUACCUUGCUCGUGUAUAAUCUGAAUCUGUAUGCUUAUUUGCAUGGACCUUUCAUAGAACAAACUAGAAGCUUGAAGUAAAAACCAAAACGAUAAGAAUUAACACAACUAUAGUGGUUUUGAUCAGAAGAAGUAGAAGUUGAAGCCGAUAUCUUCAUCAAGAUUGUAUCUCUAUUAGCGACCCCAGGAUCGAGGUUCGUUGGUGGGUGCACUCAAGUGUAUUAUUAGUGCCCGACGAGUACGAGUUUUGCAGUCGCUCUACAACUACCAAGUAGUUGUAGAGAGUAGAUUUGGUUAAAACCGUUUUGCAAAAUAAAGCGUUCGAAACUUUAACGCAGAAUAGCAAUAGCGCCUGGUCUAAUUUUGAUUUUAAUUUUUCACAUCUAUCAUGAUGGCGAUGGCGCGGUUAAUGAAGAUGUUGCUGCUUUCCUCCAGCGGUGGACGCUUCGUCACUGCUGUGACGGUUGCGGCCACGGGGUUGGGUAGUAAAAGUGCACCGACCCCGACGGCACUGAUCCCCCGUGGUCGGCAACUGCACCAACGUGAAGAAGAUGCGCUCCGUCCUCGUCGUGCGCGAAGCGCCAACUACAACUCCGGAGGCCGCCAGUCGAUGUUGCCCCGCAAGAAGAAUGAAAAUAAACUACGAGGCACGGGUGCUCAUCAACCUCGUUCGGCCUCAUCCUCGCCCACGACACCUGGUGCAGCGACCCGGUCCCCUUCCGCACCACCUCGGGUCUCGUCGCCGUCGGGUGAGGCGUCGUCGCCGUCGGGGGAAGAAGCGUCGUCCUCGCCAGGAAGCUCUGCGACGUCGAAAACUAGAUCUACUUCCAGUCGUCCCAACCGCGGAGAAGUUCUUGCACUCCCGGAAAGUGGCUCUCGUGGGGAUCUUCAGCAAGUAGAGGACCACGACGAGCGCCCAGCUUUGAUGACAUCUUCGCGAUUGCUGAACGCGACCGAAAAUCCGUUGCUUGGCGCGAAAUUGCCCGACAACGCCGAGAAAGUGCGGGAGAAGUUCGCAGAAUUUUUGGACCAGGAACUCAUGAAGUGGUGGAGCAUAAGACACCAUCAGGAGUUCCUUCUGCUCAAGCGCAAGUACUUGGCCUUUUACAAGAGUUACUACGCAGCCACUCGACGCAACGAUCCAGAACAAGCGGAGCGAAUGUUCCGUCCAGAACACGUGGAGAGCGAGUUCGAAAUAAAGAUCGCUUCGGAAAAAGAGAUGGUCCAGUGGAAGUCACCAGUCAAACCGUUGGACUAUAUCUCCGCCGACGACGCUCUUCAUGAUAUUGUCCUUUUCGCCGACCACGAGGUUGCCUUCGACGAAGGCAGUUCCAAGGAACAGGUCUUGACUGGAUGGUUCGGGCUGCAGACUUUCACCGGAGCUGCUCCUGCAGCUGUUGAGAGUAAUUUUUUCUCGAACAUUUACACCAAGCUGCUCUUCGAAUACGCGACGACUCGUUCCAAAGCAAGCCAUGCUGAUGAAAAACUUGGCGUGAGAGUUGUGAACCCGACCCUGCACGCCUUGCUGAGCGAGAAAAAGUUUCUGACAACGAUUGAGCUGUUCAUGAAGAAGGGGAACGAGACUUGGCAGGUGCAAGUUCUUAGGCACUCACAGGAAGAGCACCACAUGCGUGACCGUUACGAAAAUGACAAACGUGUGCCGGUAACAAAAGUCCUUCCAUUUAAGGCAGCGUACGACAAAGCGAUCGGCGCAGAGCCGCUCGACAAACGAUCGAACUAUGGCUCUGAGAGCAGCGACUUCGAUACCGGAUUGGCUAAAGAAGUGAUUAGCCAAAUGGUCGAUGGCAGUUUGUUCGAGCCGAAUGAAGAAAAAUUGCCCGAGGUAGAGCUCAGAAAAGGCGCGCCCAACUGCAUCGGUGAGCUUGUCGUGCGCGUACCGGCGGUGCGUUCGGCAGUAGAUAAGCUGAAGACAGGAGAAUAUGUUCUGCGGUUCAACAUGAAGACGCUGCGCCUCCUCUCGCUGCAAGUGAAAAUUGCAGACCACAGUCGGGAGGUAGCUACGCAUCGCAAAGAUGUAGUCAACAUCUGGGUUUCGAACAUGAAAAAUCUAUAAUCAUGCAGGGUUUACAUUUACUUUAUUUUCAUGCUUGGCUGGCUUGGCUCUCAGUCUCAAGCCCUCUGGCACGCAUGUUGCUACGCUAUAAAAGCGGCCCCACUCUGGUGCUGUAAAAAUGCAGCAAUGCAGUUUUGCAUGCGAAAAUAAAAAGAGAACACGUACCAGCUGAAACUCAAAAACUUGCGAAGAUGAUUCUUCGCCGUUUAUUGAGGCGUCCUGGAGGUGAUGAUUCUCCAACCAGCAUCACAGUUUGUAGAGUUUCCAGACCCAGAUGACGAUGACACGUUUGCAAUGCAUAGCAGCUCUCCAGUGGAACUUUCGCGACCCUUUGGGAUAUACCUUGGGCUCCUGGGACUAGUCCGCCUUCAACAGUAGUCAUUGGCGAAAUCGGAAAGCAGCAGCUACCCCUACCGUAAUUGCAACAAGAUCGAGAUCGAGGUGUAUUCUGAGUUUUGGAGAAACUAAACAUAAGAUGCAAGUCGAGCAAGCAGUUCACAAGUGUACUAACGCCUGCAGCUCAUCAACAAAUGUAUUGUAGAAGUCGAAGGGGGUACUACCUAGUAGUUCUAUGGACAUCGACAUGCGCAUAUAAGAUGAAAGUCCGCGCAUUUUUAGUACUUUAGCAACGAGCAGCCCGCGCUUUCACGAGUGAUCAACUUUGUGUUGAUGGAACUCACUUGUUGCGAAGUAAUCUCAAAGUUUGAGUUUAAGUGACAAGUUCAAGUUGUGAGCGAUGUGUAACAAGAUGAAGAAGUACUUUAGAGACGGCAUCGCUUUUCAACUACUUUCGACCAACAGUUUAGCGUCCUUGCAAUGAUCAGUAUGUAAAAUGAAAACAAGUGCACCAGCUCGACCAGCAUCAGAAAAUCGAGAAGCUUCUUGUGUAAACUGAAGACAGAACGAGAAUUGGUCGUGACCAGGUCAAAUAAAGUACUACCCUCCACAGGAUGUGCUUGCACCUAUUUGUUCAGUUCGCUAUGCUACUGUGCUUCUUUCAAACUUCCCUUUGGGAUUUUUGUUUGAGCGGGGUAACAAUUGACUCAACUAACUAGCAUCGGCGAGUUAGUCGUCCGUCCGGCCGCACGGACGACUAACUCGCCACUUGUCGUGGGAAGCUUUCUCCUUCAGGGUUGGAGGGGUGCGGGACUUCGAAGUCCGGGAUGUGUCGUGGAACCGCCCGGAAACCAUAUGGAAAUCGCGCACUUUUGCAAACGAUUUUCGUGCUUUCGUUGUGUUUUUCUUCGGUCGAAUAUCCCAACAAAAAAAAAACCUUCGUGGCAUGUAAAUUGUAAUCUGCAUAAACAUAAACAUGCAAAAGAAAAAUCAGCAGCUCCGAGCUUUGCAAAAAAACCCCCCGAGGAAACGCUAUACAUUUGCAAAAGUGCUAACUUGCUCAGGGAAUUUGUGGCAAUCUCCCAGCACAGGGCGCGAAGUUGGAAGUAGUACGUGGUGGCUCGGUGGGUCAUCCCAUCCCAAGUUGCAUCAGCAUCAUCGUCGUGUAGUAUUCCAAAAUCCAGCAAUUCUCCCGGCUUUGGUGGGUUGCGCGUUCAUCAUAUCCAGCAAUUCUCCCGGCUUUGGUGGGUUGCGCGUUGCCAAACGCGCAACCCACCAAAGCCGGGAGAAUUGCUGGAUUUUGGACUACUACACGAUGAUAUGAUGCUGAUGCAACUUGGGAUGGGAUGAUGCGACCCUCGAGCGCGACUAGUGCCCACUCCACCGAGCCACCACGUACUACUUCCAACUUCGGGCCCUGUGCUGGAAACUAACUGGAAACGGAGAUUGCCACAAAUUCCCUGAGCAAGUUAGCACUUUUGCAAAUGUAUAGCGUUUCUUCGGUGGGUUUUUUUGCAAAGCUCGGAGCUGAGCUGCUGACUUUUCUUUUGCAUGUUUAUGCUUAUGAACCCGAGCUGCAGAUUACAAUUUACAUGCCGCGAAGGUUUUUUUUUGUUGGGAUAUUCGACCGAAGAAAAACACAACGAAAGCACGAAAAUCGUUUGCAAAAGUGCGCGACUUCCGUAUGGUUUCCGGUCGGUUCCGCGAGACAUCCCGGAGCUCGAAGUCCCGCACCCUCCAACCCCUGAAGGAGAAAGUUUCCCGCGACAGAUGGCGAGUUAGUCGUCCGUGCGGCCGGACGGACGACUAACUCGCCGAUGCUAGUUAGUUGAGUCAAUUGUUACCCCGCUCUUUUCAAUAUAUCAGGUAGACCACCGCGAGGACCACAUAUUAGUGCAGAAGAAGCAAAAAAGCAUUUAUGUAUGAUGAAGAACUAGUAGACGUAGAGGAUCUACGUGAUGUAUGAUGAAGGCACGCAUCAGCAUCUGCUAGAGGGCGAGAUGCGAGAUGUGCGGCGCAGUGAGCUUGCGGCUGAAGCGCCCACACAUCUAAAGACCGUGGCAUAAUCCAUCUACAAGUCGCUUGCAGCGAGAACCGCAUUGAUGCAGCCAUCAGGAACAAGGAAUUGAGAUUGCCGGAGCGAAAGCAAACGCCCGCCCCCCGCGGGGAAGCACAGGCUCCUCCAGGAUCCGAUGUUCACCUCUUGCGAUGAUCCACAGGUCUCGUCAGACCAGUAGAGUUCACAGAGGGUUGUCGUACACUCUUGCUCGUCCGAAGAAAUCGUUUGAGUGGAUCGCUUUCCAGGUGUCACGAUCAAAUACAGAGCGUCAUGUACCCCAAGCGACCAAGCAAGCAAGCAAGCAAAGUGAAUAAUGUAUGUAUGUAUGUGAUGUAUGAUGAAGAACUAGAAAUAGAAGGCAAAACCUCCGCCACUAUUUCCAAAGCAAACGUGUAUGAUGAACAAGAAAAACGUGAACUAGAUGCCCUUUGUCCCACAAAAUUGAAGAUGAAAAAUGUUUAAAAAAUUGCCAAGUCGCA